AUGUUUAAGAAUGAUUCAUUCAGACGUUUGGAACCUGACAAGGAAGGCCAUUCAGUCUUUUCACCAGCAGAACACAAUAUUGUGGCUGCUUAUUUGAUCACAGCAGGUAUCAUAAGUAUUCUCAGCAACAUCAUUGUGCUAGGCAUUUUUGUUAAAUUUAAGGAACUUCGGACAGCAACAAAUGCAAUUAUCAUAAAUUUGGCUGUUACUGAUAUAGGGGUUAGCAGCAUUGGUUAUCCCAUGUCUGCUGCUUCAGACCUAUAUGGAAGUUGGAAAUUUGGAUAUGCUGGAUGUCAGAUUUAUGCUGGUUUAAACAUAUUUUUUGGAAUGGCAAGUAUUGGAUUACUCACUGCUGUGGCUAUUGAUCGGUACCUGACCAUCUGUCAGCCUGACCUCGGAAGAAGAAUGACUUCUUUCAAUUACACCAUAAUGAUUCUGACUGCUUGGGUGAAUGGCUUUUUUUGGGCCUUGAUGCCUAUUGUAGGUUGGGCUGCUUAUGCUCCUGAUCCAACUGGUGCUACGUGUACUAUAAACUGGCGGAAGAAAAAUGCAUCUUUUGUUUCUUACACGAUGACUGUUAUUGCUACAAAUUUUGUCAUGCCUUUAGUGGUCAUGAUUUAUUGUUACUACAAUGUUUCUCAAAAGAUCAAACAAUAUAUUCCUAGCAACUGCCCUGAAUACAUAAACAGAGACUGGUCAAACGAAGUAGCUGUAACCAAGAUGUCUGUGAUAAUGAUUUUAAUGUUCCUGCUUGCUUGGUCCCCUUAUUCUGUUGUGUGCUUGUGGGCUUCUUUUGGGGACCCAAAGGAGAUUCCCCCAGCAAUGGCCAUCAUAGCCCCUCUCUUUGCAAAGUCUUCCACAUUCUACAAUCCCUGUAUAUAUGUGGUUGCCAACAAGAAGUUCCGGAGAGCUAUCUCUGCAAUGAUUCAGUGUCAGACUCAUCAAUCAAUGUCCAUUUCCAAGGCAUUACCAAUGAACCUAACUUGAGAUCAGCUUUUGAAUUAUGAAAGCAAAAAAAGCCAAACUGCAUAAUUUUCCUCAUUUUUGGCUGUAUUUUAACUUUAUUUAAUGUUCCCCAAAAACUGAUAACCUACUUGGAUUCAUAUACUAACUUGGAUUCUCAAAAGCUGGGAUGGUUAUCUACUUUUAUUUCAUGUGCCUUUUAGUGUGUAAUAUAGUAUUAUAUGGUGUUCCAUCAGUAUUUGAAUUGUUGAAUGGAAUGUUCCUAGCUAGCAUAUUAAAAAGACCCCAAUACUUUAUCUCAUUUUUACUGUAUUGUUGAAGAAACUGAGCAAGAUAGAGAUUAGAGAGUAUUUAAUAAUUUAUUAAAUGGGAGAGAUAUACUGGGACCAAAUGGAUCCAUGGUUUGGUCUCAGGGCUGAAUGAGACUAUCGUCUCCAAGAAUCCAGCAAACAAUGAGAGUUCUCAAUGACAUAUAUAUACACAUUGCUCAGACUCAGGGGGAAGAUUGAGGUGGGGGCACAGUUAGGGUGCUGAGACCAGGAAUGGGACUCUGACAAUCUGGUUCUGACAAUGUGAGGGGAGGCAUGGGGGGAGGAACCCUGGAGAGACAUCUUGAUAAGACAGUAUCUGACAUUCUGGUAGCUUGAGAUGGGGAGAGGCAUUCUGAUAUUCUAAAACACAAGAUCUUUUAUUUAUCAAAUAUUCUGAUAAAGAGGGAGGGGAGGUUUUGCAGG